UUGCAGUGCAGGCCAUGAAGGCUCUGCUCUUCUGUCUGCACUAUGACCCUGAGGUGAUGGCCAUGGCGCGCAAGCGUGGCUGGGACACCCUGCUCUGUCCUGACACCCAGCACUAUGCUGUGGGUCUGCUGGCCAGGGAGAUGCGCCGUGCCUCCCUCUCCUUGUGUUCUGGGAUUGCACACCGCCUGCUUGGGUGGUUCAGCAGAAAAGAGGCACGCUGGGAUCUGCCCUUCCUGGCAUUCCUUGUGGAGGUCUUAGAUUGCCUGGACUUGAGUGAACAUGGUGACAGCAUCCUUGAGAUCAUGUCAAGGCAUGUGCAGAGCACCUGCAGGGAGAGGCGUCGCCUGGCGCUCAGAGGCCUUGUGGUGCUCAGCAAGGAUGUCUCGAUGCUGCUGGGUGAUGCAGAUGGAGAAGUGCUUGGCAUGACCCUCCGUGUGUUCACAAAUGUGCUCCAGGAUAAAGACAUCCUGGUAUCCAGCACCACCGCACCAAAGCUGGCCAAGGCACUCCUGGCGCUCUUGGACAAUGACAACAGCCAUGUGCAGCUCCUCUCCCUUGACCUCUUCUGCAAGGUGAUGGAAUUGGUAGUAGACGAGGGAAAAAAGCCCCUUAAGUCAACUGUGUGCCAGAGCCUACUCCCGCUUUUAUUCCACUGCCAUGAUGAAAAUCAGCAUGUGGCAAAGGCCGCUCGGGAAACGCUACGUUGUUCGACAAAAUUCCUGAAGAAGAAGAGACUCAUGCAACUGGUGCAGACAGAGAAGCUGUGGAUAUUUGCUGAACGCCUGCUGGCCGAGGACAGGAGCCGAGCGGCCGAGCACCUGCGCCAGGCCCUGCCGUACCUGCAGAGCCCACAGGAGCCCCUGCAAGCGGCGGCCAUCAGGUUCAUGGUGCUCGCCGUGAGGAGCUUGAGAGGGCAGAAGGAAGAGCUCCAGGUGGUGAAUGAGGCCCUUCAAGCCCUGAGCACAGUUUACAGCCCUUCAGAGACAAACGGAGAGAUAUUGAAGAAAGAGCUGCAGAACCAUGCUCAUCUGCUGGCUCAGAAGAACCAGCAUCCCUUUAAGACCUCUAGAUUCCCUGGAAUAUGAGGCUGCCAUGAGACCAGAAGAGACCAGCUGGAGCUCCAGGCACAGCUGAUGAUUGGCACAGCUGAGCCUGUGGGAAGGUCGCGUGGCUUCAGCCCGCUCCCUGCUUGUACAUCAUGCUCUCCCUCCAGCCUGCAGACGCUUCUUCCCUCCACUAUUCCUUCCUUUUCACUG